AUAAUGGGUCUGACUGAAAUGUUCCCUCACACGUUCCAUCUUCUUCCUUGCUCUCUCUCACUAAAACCAUUUUCUCCCUGUAAAGCCAUGGACUCUGUUAGCCGGCAAUGUUUUCUCUCCGGCCACUCUCCCCUCGCCGAUUAAUUGAGCAAAUGCCAGGUUCCACUAAGCUUCGAGUUCCGGUUAGCCUUUCAGGUCACCUGCAACCUUGUGCGGCAGUUGAUGAGAGAAACAAGCUUGUGAUUCUCUAUAAAUAACUAAAUAUAUAUAUUUUAAUCUUCAGUUUUGUGGUUGGUUUGACUUUUCAUUUUAAAGUUUUUUUCUUUUCAUAAUGAAAAUUCCUAGCUCUGAUCGCUAUUACCUAAUUGUUCAAAAUAUUUGAUACUCUCCGAUCCGAUCGAUCUCAACCAUAGGAUUGGAUUAAUCCUUGUGGAGCUGUGUAGUGAAAAAAUAAAGCUAAAUUAAAGUUGAAUUUCGUGAUAUAAGAUAGCUAUGUUGGAUCUUAAUCUAAAUGUGGUGUCGAUCGAGUCGACUCAAAGGAACGUGGACGACCGAGUCGACUCGAUGGUGUUCUUGGAAAAAAUUCCUGAAGGUUCUUCGGGGACCUCGAAUUCAUCUAUUGUUAAUGCGGACUUGUGCAGCAAUGUUGGGGACGACGAGUCGUGCUCCACACGCGCCAACGCUGGUGACAAUAGUGCUUUCACCUUCAAUUUCGACAUAUUGAAGGUCGGUGAGGGCAGCAGUAGGAGCGAAAACGAGAAUGAAAUUGAGAACAAGAAUCAGAACGACCUCGUGGUAAAGGAGUUUGCGUUUUUCCCGGUGAGUGGAGGAACUAAGCGACAUGGAGGUGAGGUAGCGAGCUGCGAGGGAAAGUCUUCUGGAAACUGGAUCGAUCUUUCAUUUGACAAACAACAACAACUGCAGCAGCAACUACAACAACAACAAGAAGAAGGUGGAGGAGAGGUGCGAGUAGUUCAGCAACCGUCACAGGCGGUGAAGAAGAGCAGGAGGGGUCCAAGAUCAAAGAGCUCACAGUACAGGGGAGUCACGUUUUAUAGAAGGACAGGUCGAUGGGAGUCUCAUAUCUGGGACAGUGGGAAACAAGUUUAUCUGGGUGGAUUUGACACUGCCCAAGCUGCCGCUAGGGCUUAUGAUCGAGCUGCUAUUAAGUUCAGGGGAGUUGAUGCUGACAUAAAUUUUAACGUUUCUGAUUAUCAGGCAGAAAUGAAACAGUUGAAGGAUCUGACCAAAGAAGAAUUUGUGCACACACUACGCCGUCAGAGCAGUGGUUUCUCAAGAGGAAGCUCAAAAUAUCGAGGGGUGACACUUCACAAGUGUGGCCGCUGGGAAGCACGAAUGGGGCAGUUCUUUGGCAAAAAGUAUAUUUAUCUCGGGCUAUUCGACAGCGAAGUAGAAGCUGCAAGGGCUUAUGACAGGGCAGCUAUCAAAUGUAAUGGAACGGAGGCGGUCACCAACUUUGAGCCAAGUGUAUAUGAAGGAUAUAUGAUCUCUGAGGCCAGUAAUGCAGGCAGUGAGCAUAAUCUUGACCUGAACCUGGGGAUAUCUCCAGCAAAUGACAGUGGUGUGCACAAUCGAAGAAAUUCACAGAUGUCAUGCUCUCAGAGAUCUGCUUUGCAGAUGGACAACUCGACUGUUCCAACAGCAGGUGAUCCACCUUCCAUAGGAAUGAGGACUUCCAAGCACCCAAUUUUCUGGAAUGGUGUACAUGCUUGUUUUCUUCCAGCUGAGGAAAGAGCAGCAGAGAAGAGAAGUGAGUUAGGUCCUCCACAAGGGCUCCCCAACUGGGCGUGGCAACCGCAUGGUCAGGUGAGUGCCACCCCAAUGUCAAUGUUCUCAACUGCAGCAUCAUCAGGAUUCUUAUUUUCAGCCGCCCCUCCCGCCGCUGCCAUUCUUUCAUCGAAACUUCUUGACCCAGCUGCCCUCAAUCUCCGUUUCACUCCAUCCGCCAGUCCUUCCCCCAACACCUCUCAGUUCUUUUAUCAGAUGAAGCCACCACAGCCACCACCAUAGCUUAUCUUUAUAUACUCACAGUCAAUAGGCAUCAAUGACAGCAAUGGGCUUCAAAUUCAAUUGUGUGAUUCAAAAACAUUGAUUCAUGUACUAGCCAAGGACACCAUUUCUGACAUUGAUAAACCAUUACUAUAAUACUCAUGUUUAAUACAUCCCUUAAUAAAAAAUAAUGCUAAUGCCAUUUGAAGCGUU